AUGAAGAAAUUCAUUGCUUGUCAACCUGUUAUCACUUUUAUUCUGGUUAAUUUGGAACUACCAGUCCCAGAUGCAACAUUUGGAGAUCCAAGAGCUCAGAUAGUUCAUAUGGUCUGUGGAAAACAACCUUCUCCCAACACCUCCAUCUUUGUCGCGACCUUUGUCGACACAAUGGAAAAAAUAAGCCGGCAAAUGCAAACCUCGGGAUAUGGUAUGGCAGUAACGAGCUCAGGACCCGACACUAAUUAUGCACUAGCAGACUGCUAUGGUGAUCUUUCUUUACAUGAAUGUGCGCUAUGCUAUGCUGAAGCACGCACUAUUCUUCCUCAGUGCUUUCCUUCCAACGGUGGAAGGAUUUUCCUCGAUGGCUGCUUCAUGAGAGCUAAGAAUUAUAGUUUCUUUCAAGAGUAUACUGGACCAAAUGACAAGGUUCUCUGUGGAAAUGGAAGUCUUAAUCCUACACAUGGAAAUGGAAGUCUUAAUCCCACACAAGGAAAUGAAAGUCUUAAUCCUACACAAGGAAAUGGAAGUUCUAAUCCCACACAAGGAAAUGGAAGUUCAAAAGGGAAAAUAACAAUCAUUAUAGUGGCUACUGUUAGUUCAAUAGCUGUUUUGGUUAUUAGAGCAGUCGUUGGAGUUUAUAUCUGGAAGCGCAAAACAACACAGAAGAAGAAUAAAGAGAAACUCGUGAAGUCCCUUUAUGAUAGCUGUUUGAACUUUAAAUAUUCCACACUUGAGAAGGCAACUGGUUCUUUUGAUGAAGCCAACAAGCUUGGGCAAUGUGGAUUUGGCAAAGUGUCUUUUCAAGAAGACAAAAGUCAUAUUAGCACCGCCAUCGCUGGAACAUUAGGAUAUAUGGCUCCAGAAUACUUAGCCCGUGGCCAGUUGACAGAAAAAGCAGAUGUAUAUAGCUUUGGUGUACUUCUUAUUGAAAUUGUCACUGGGAGGCAGAACAACAGGAGCAAAGCUUCUGAGGACUCGGAUAGCUCAUUAACACUAACCUACAAUGCUUUUAAAUCUCCUGUUGAUUCUCAAGAUGCUGAAAGUCAUUAA